AUGCAACCAAAUCACUGCGACUUGCUGGGUCAGGUGCGUGAGCCUAGAGCCGCAAGUCGGAUGACGCGCGAUGCCCAUCAGCCGCUUCGAGAUAACGGUCAGCCCCAGUCAUCUGGUGCAGCGCCCAUGAGAUCAGAGGACUCUUGGAUUGACGUGUCCUCGCAACCGUCCUCUUCCUCCUUCUCAUCGGCUGCUACCAAUGAUGAUAUAAUCACUACCGGGUUACGUGUCGAGCAUGGGCAAGCUGGGGCAUAUAAACGCCGUAAUCGACGACGCCGUUUACAACACCUUGCUGCUAUCACCACAGCUCAAGUGGACUAUUCAUCGCGGGAUGCCAGCCAAGCCAGUAGUAGUCAGGAGGAAUACGAGGAGAGCGAAAGCGAGUCCGACCAGGUUCUCAGCAGCUCCAAUGAAGAUAUGCGCCGCCCAACUCUCCCGGCUUCGUUAUCUGCACGCUCUAGUUCCGACGGCGCCUCUAGCGAUGAUGAAGAUGAUACCUCCACUGCCCUAGGGAUGGGCAUCAGCCCAUCACCUUUUGUUCCUCAGCCAAACAUAUUCACACAUCCUCCUGCCACGUCGGAACCAGGAUGGUCUACACGGCGUCCUCAAUCUGGCGUCCCGUCGACCUCCCGGGCUUCAAGAAGAGAAUCUUAUCCCAGCCCACGAUCAUCACGGAGACGUCAGUAUCAGCACAGCCCCUACAACAUGCUUUCACCCUCCCAUCAUGCGGAUCAUGAUGCCGCCCUUCGUGCGAGUCUAUCUACACUUCUUUCAUGUGCCGCUGCCGCCAGGUGUCUACCGAAGAAUGAUAGCCAGCCAUCCUCUUCCCGGGCUGCUCCACCGGGACUUGCACAACCUGCUUCAUUCCGCCUAGUAGGGGAAUCAGUCGCCAUAGGCGAAGAAAGCAGCGACGAGGAGGUCCGACCCUCACCCCAGUAUCCAGAGCCAAUCACGUCUAUAAAAGCACCACAGCGACACCCAAGAGAGCCAACAGCGCCAUCUGGCUCCCCCAUCGCCAAAGUCAAACGCCGAUCAAGUUCACCCAAGGACCGUAGUGCUGCAUCAAAGAAGAACCGCCGCGCGAGUAUGACAGAUUCAGUGACGCCUGUCAGCCCUACGAUUAUGACUUGGGUCCUCAGCGCCGGUGUUGUUGUUUUGUUCUCUGCCAUAAGCUUUUCUGCUGGAUAUAUGCUUGGCCGUGAGGUUGGGCGUACUGAGGUCGGCAUGAUCGGAGAUGGUGUUCCUGGCCCCCGCCCCUCUGCAGGGUGUGGCCAGGAAGCGGUCCGCGGCGGACUUCGAAAACUGCGCUGGGGGUCUGCGGCUGCAGGCUCUGCUAGUCUUGCCUCAAUGUAA